GGAGAAACGUGGUUGACGUGACGCACCACAUAACGCAGUAUAACAACAUCAUCCAAGAACUUCAGAACGAGAUCGCGCGCAUGCGCUCUAAACUGCACGAGCAGGAGUCGAACAAGGUGGCGCGCACGGCGGUCAGCAUUCAAAAUCUACACAGCGAGGUGAUGGAAGCCUCGAGAAGGGAGUCGGAAACGGAGAUGAAAUGGCUUCGUCAUCAGCUGCUGGCGACCUUUAAAGAGCAGCUGGACAUCAGGAACAACUUGAUGGAGGUGAACCGCAGCAGUUUACACCUAAGCUGGGAGAUACAGUCACACAGCUAUAUCAUCAAUGAAGCCGAGCGAUCUGGUCCAUGCCAGGGAGCAACUAAAGAUGCUCAACGAAGCGCUGCAGAAAGCUUCCCAGUACAAAGUAAAGCUGGAGAAGCAACUCAGUAAUAACAAGACAAAUGCCGAGCGGUUAGAAGAGGUUCUUCCGGGGAAAGCAAGCACCGACCAACAGAGGGAGCUGCUGCAGCUCAUCAUCAAGGUCAAUCAGCUAGAGGUCGAGAAACACGAUCUGCGCAGUCUAGAGCUGCUGAAAGAGCACGAGCUACAGGGCAAGGAUCUGCAGAUCGUCAAGUUGAAGACGAUCAACCAACUAGCAGAUCGCAUCAUUCAGCAUCAGAAGCAGAUCAUAGACGAUCACCAGAUGCCAUGCCCACCCGUGCUGCAGAUGCUCUACAAGCAGUAUAAGGUCGACAGAGAUGGCCUCUUGUUCAACUCGGAUGUAGCAGUGGAAACUGUCAAGGUGCGAUCGUGA